AUGAGAUUACACGUAAAAAAGAAUUACUUAUUUUUGCUGCAGGUUGGCAGCCGCGUGCGUGUUGGGGUGGCCGCUGCGGGAGUGGGGGAGGCCGAGGUGGUCUCCUGCGAGGCGCAGCAGACUCAGCUCAAGUUACUGCAGCGAAUGGACUUGGUAGAUGCUAAACCGCCUUGGGAGAACCUUGAGGUGGACCUUCUCCUCGCAAUGACGCGCCCUAAGGUGCUCGAACGCAUAUUGCAGCUCUGCGCUGUUGUGGGGGUUCGACGAAUAUUUUUGGUUUGUGCUGCGCGGACGGAGAAGGGGUUUUUCUCUUCUUCUCGAUUGGCUGCUGAGAACCUCCUGGAACAGCUGCUCUUGGGCUUAGAACAAGGAAUGGUUACCCGCCCCCCCGAGCUGCAUGCGUUUGCUUCGUGGGAGGGCUUUCUGGCGGCCACUGCUGCUGCAGAAGCGUCCCCAGCAGCAGCAGCAGCAACAGCAGCAACAGAAGAAGCGCAAGAAGCGGACGCGGAGAGGAAAGAACAAACAACAAGACCCACUGAAGAUGCUGGCGCUUUUGCGCAUUAUUUGCUUCCCCCGCUGCGGCUAGUCGCUCACCCGCACACGGAGGCGACCCUUCCCCAACUACUUCUACGGCCUGUUGCUGAAGCAGUUAGUCCACAGCAAAAGCAAGACGACCAGCGGGGGGAACAGCAGCAACAGCAGCAGCAGCAGCAACUGCAGAAGCAGCGGACGGGUGUACUGCUAGCUGUUGGUCCUGAGGGCGGCUGGAUACCGUCUGAGAUGGAGUUGUUGCAGCAGCAGCUGCGGUGUCUGCCCUUUCGCCUGACAGACAAAGUACUUAAAUGUGAGACGGCUCUCACUGCCUGUCUGACGCAGUUGACGCUCUGCUACGAGGACCCAAUCUUCCAGCCACUCCUACGCUUUCCAGAUCAAAUCUACGCAGCAGCAGCAACUGCAGCAGCAGCGGCAAAAGCAGGAGCUGCAACAGGGUCUGAGGGGGCAGAGGCACUCAUCUCUCCUGCAGCGGAGCGGCGAGAGGCCCACAGACGCCAGGGAGAACGAGAAAUACUGAGAGCCCCCGGGGGCUUCCUCAUGAGUUUUCCUCGCAGAUACACAACCCGCAGAGACCAUAAGCAGCAGCAGCAGCAACAACAGCAGCAAGAGGAGCAUGACUCUGAAUAG